AUGAAAACCAAUUCUGUUGCUAAACCCGGUACUCAACAAAAAAAUGACCGUGCGUUUGAAGAAUCGCUUCAACGUUACAAAAUACUGUCACUUACUGCCAAUGAAGGUAUCUGGGAUUACAAUCUUGAAAACGGUCUCACCUACUACAACAGGGGUAUCUCGCAGCUGUUUGGUUACAGCAAGGAGGAUAUGCGCGAUAAUUUUACCUGGUGGCGUGAUAACCUGCAUCCCAAAGACAAGAAAAGAGUUAUUGAGCGGCUGGAAAAACUACUGGAGGGAAAAGAAAGUGCCUGGUGGGGUGAGUAUCUUUUCCGCUGCAAGAACGGUGACUACAAACUGGUGCUGGAGAAAUUGUAUGUAGUAAGAAAUGAACAGGGCAAACCCUACCGUAUUGUAGGAACCAUGCAGGACCUCACCAGGAUAAAGGAACUGGAAAAAACCGGUGAAGAAGAAAAAAUGCGGCAACAGCGGGAAAUGACCAAGGCUAUCAUGAAAGCCGAGGAAGAGGAAAGAAAAGAAAUCAGUGAUGAGCUGAAUGAAAAUAUAAACCAGGUGCUGGCCACCAUCAACCUUAAUAUUGAGCAGGUAAAAAGGGAGGCCGAUAAUUAUGAAAGAAUGGAAUGGCUGAACAAUGCGCAGCAACUGCUCAGGCUUUCUAUAGAAAACAUCCGCUCUAUUUCAAAGCAAUUGACACCGGCCAGCCUGCCUUUUUUUGGCUUACUGCCUUCUGUAGAAGAACUUUUGCAGUCGGCCGGCAAAAGAAGCGACAUAAAGUUUCAACUGAAAGCAGACAAUACCAUUGAAAAGAAAACAGACAAGGAAAAAAAAUUACUGCUCUACAGAAUUAUACAAUUACAGAUUAAAAAUGUACGCAACCACUCAUCGGCUACCAAUGCCCUGGUUCAUAUGCAGCUGGUAAAAGACAAAAUUAAACUGUCUGUACGAGACAAUGGUUCCGGCUUCGACCCCGCCCAUCUGAAGUUUGGUUAUGGUUUCUCCCGCAUUCAGAAUCUUACGGAAGCGUAUAAAGGUUCUUUUUCAGUUAAAAGCCAUCCCGGAAAAGGAUGCACACUGGAAGUAUUGCUUUGA